CUCCGCGGUGGAUACGUCGCCAUCUUGGAUCCGCGGGACAAGAAAAUUCAUGCGAGGGAGAACUGGUGGGCGGUCCUUCCUGUGACACGACCCUUGAGUGACAGUUCUUUUGAUUGCCUCCAGUACUGUGAGGAAAGGACACGACUCUAUGGUGAGGACUGAUGGACAUACAUUAUCUGAGAAAAGAAACUACCAGAGCAGAAGAAUCCCAUCGUUUAUCAUGUUCUGGUUGGACUCCUUUCUUAUCGUUUGCUGGAGUUUGAACUUCAGAGCUAUGGUGUCAACCCUGCUGUAAUAUCUCAGGGGAGCUCCUAGUGUGGGGCUGGUGCCAUGGCUCACCCUCCAACCUUUCCUUCUUCACUUCAGCCUCCAGCUCUGAGCUUUCCAAUCCCCAGAGUAGCAAAUGUUGAAAGAAGUUGCACAGGUGACAAACAGCAUGUUUGGUGCUUCAAGAAAGAAGUUUGUAGAGGGGGUCGACAGUGACUACCAUGACGAAAACAUGUACUACAGCCAGUCUUCUAUGUUCCCACAUCGGUCAGAAAAAGAUAUGCUGGCAUCACCAUCCACAUCAGGUCAGCUGUCUCAGUUUGGGGCAAGUUUAUACGGGCAACAAAGUGCACUAGGCCUUCCAAUGAGGGGAAUGAGCAACAAUACCCCUCAGUUAAAUCGCAGCUUAUCACAAGGCACUCAGUUACCGAGCCACGUCACGCCAACAACAGGGGUACCAACAAUGUCACUUCACACGCCUCCAUCUCCAAGCAGGGGUAUUUUGCCUAUGAAUCCUAGGAAUAUGAUGAACCACUCCCAGGUUGGUCAGGGCAUUGGAAUUCCUAGCAGGACAAAUAGCAUGAGCAGUUCAGGGUUAGGUAGCCCCAACAGAAGCUCGCCAAGCAUAAUAUGUAUGCCAAAGCAGCAGCCUUCUCGACAGCCUUUUACUGUGAACAGUAUGUCUGGAUUUGGAAUGAACAGGAAUCAGGCAUUUGGAAUGAAUAACUCCUUAUCAAGUAACAUUUUUAAUGGAACAGAUGGCAGUGAAAAUGUGACAGGAUUGGACCUUUCAGAUUUUCCAGCAUUAGCAGACCGAAACAGAAGGGAAGGAAGUGGUAACCCAACUCCAUUAAUAAACCCCUUGGCUGGAAGAGCUCCUUAUGUUGGAAUGGUAACAAAACCAGCAAAUGAACAAUCCCAGGACUUCUCAAUACACAAUGAAGAUUUUCCAGCAUUACCUGGUUCCAGCUAUAAAGAUCCAACGUCAAGUAAUGAUGACAGUAAAUCUAAUUUGAGUACAUCUGGCAAAACAACUUCAAGUACAGAUGGACCUAAAUUUCCUGGAGAUAAAAGUUCAACAACACAAAAUAAUAAUCAGCAGAAAAAAGGGAUCCAGGUGUUACCUGAUGGUCGAGUUACUAACAUUCCUCAAGGGAUGGUGACGGACCAAUUUGGAAUGAUUGGCCUGUUAACAUUUAUCAGGGCAGCAGAGACAGACCCAGGAAUGGUACAUCUUGCUUUAGGAAGUGACUUAACAACAUUAGGCCUCAAUCUGAACUCUCCUGAAAAUCUCUACCCUAAAUUUGCAUCACCCUGGGCAUCUUCACCUUGUCGACCUCAAGACAUAGACUUCCAUGUUCCGUCUGAGUACUUAACGAACAUUCACAUUAGGGAUAAGCUGGCUGCAAUAAAACUUGGCCGAUAUGGAGAAGACCUUCUCUUCUAUCUCUAUUACAUGAAUGGCGGAGAUGUAUUACAACUUUUAGCUGCAGUAGAGCUUUUUAACCGUGACUGGAGAUACCACAAAGAAGAGCGAGUAUGGAUCACCAGGGCGCCAGGCAUGGAGCCGACAAUGAAAACCAAUACUUACGAGAGGGGGACGUACUACUUCUUUGACUGUCUUAACUGGAGGAAAGUAGCUAAGGAGUUCCAUCUGGAAUAUGACAAGUUAGAAGAACGGCCUCACCUGCCAUCCACCUUCAAUUACAACCCUGCUCAGCAAGCCUUCUAAAAAAGACUUCCCUUUUCUUGGGGUAUGGCUGUCUCAGCACAAUACUCAACAUAACUGCAGAACUGAUGUGGCUCAGGCACCCUGGUUUUAAUUCCUUGAGGAUCUGGCAAUUGGCUUACGCAAAGGGUCACCAUUUGAGGUCCUGCCUUACUAAUUAUGUGCUGCCCAACAACUAAAUUUAUAAUUUGUUUUCUCUAGUUUGAGCCGGAUCUGAAUUUUUUCAUUUUCUUUUUGCCAGCAGACAGACUUGGGUCUGUAAAAACAAGCAAGUACACUGACAGAAGUUUACCAUUUAGUUUCUUAAAUGUAAAAAAGAAAACCCACAGAAGGCUCAACAAAAUUAGACCACAAAAUUUGCAUCAUUCAUUAUAGCACUAUUGGUAAUAAAAUAACAAAUGUUUGUGCAUUUUUAUGUGAAGAUCCUUCUCGUAUUUCACUUGGAAAGAUGAGCAAGGUCUGCUUCUUUCAUUUUACUUCCCCUUCUGUUUUUGAAAGGCAGUUUCACCGAGCUUAAUGCAAGAAUAUCUGACUGUUUAGAGAAAGAUAUUGCCACAAUCUCUGGAUGGUUUCCAGGGUUGUGUUAUUACUGAGCUUCAUCUUUCCAGAAUGAGCAAAACACUGUCCAGUCUUUGUUACGAUUUUGUAAUAAAUGUGUACAUUUUUUUUAAAUUUUUGGACAUCACAUGAAUAAAGGUAUGUAUGUACGAAUGUGUAUAUAUUAUAUAUAUGACAUCUAUUUUGGAAAAUGUUUGCCCUGCUGUACCUCAUUUUUAGGAGGUGUGCAUGGAUGCAAUAUAUGAAAAUGGGACAUUCUGGAACUGCUGGUCAGGGGACUUUGUCGCCCUGUGCACUAAAGGGCCAGAUUUCAGCAGCCAAGGACAUCCAUACCCAAGUGAAUGUGAUGGGACUUACAGAUGUGAACUGAGACAAUUCACUCUGGCUGUGUGAACAGCAGCGUUUCAUAGGAAGAGAACAAAGAUCAAUCUUGUAUUUUCUGACCACAUAAAGGCUUCUUCUCUUUGUAAUAAAGUAGAAAAGCUCUCCUCA